GAUCCCUGCGCCACACCGUCAGUCUCCGCUCCCACAUACUUGCUAGCAACACUCUUUCCCGUCGUGCCACGCGGUGCGGCCGCCCUCUGGGCUAAGUAAAGGCCCCUUGGUCUAAGGCUUUCCUAUUUCCUGGUUCGCCGGCGGCCAUUUUGGGUGGAAGCGGUAGCUGAGUGGCGGCUGCUCCUGAUUGUGUUCUAAGGGGACGGAGUAGGGAACGUUUGCUCUCCCGGAACAGCCUAUCUCAUUCCUCUCCGAUUACCCGUGGCGCGGAGAGUCAGGGCGGCGGCUGCAGCAGCAAGGGCGGCGGUGGCGGCGGCGGCAGCUGCAGUGACAUGUCCAGCAUGAAUCCCGAAUAUGAUUAUUUAUUCAAGUUGCUUCUGAUUGGAGACUCUGGAGUUGGAAAGUCUUGCCUCCUCCUUAGGUUUGCAGAUGAUACGUAUACAGAAAGCUACAUUAGCACUAUUGGUGUGGAUUUCAAAAUAAGAACUAUAGAGUUAGAUGGGAAAACAAUCAAGCUUCAAAUAUGGGACACAGCAGGCCAAGAAAGAUUUCGAACAAUCACCUCCAGUUAUUACAGAGGAGCCCAUGGCAUCAUAGUUGUGUAUGAUGUGACAGAUCAGGAGUCCUUCAAUAAUGUUAAACAGUGGCUGCAGGAAAUAGAUCGUUAUGCCAGUGAAAACGUCAACAAGUUGUUGGUAGGGAACAAAUGUGAUCUGACCACAAAGAAAGUAGUAGACUACACAACAGCAAAGGAAUUUGCUGAUUCCCUUGGAAUUCCGUUUUUGGAAACCAGUGCUAAGAAUGCAACAAAUGUAGAACAGUCUUUCAUGACAAUGGCAGCUGAGAUUAAAAAGCGAAUGGGUCCUGGAGCAACAGCUGGUGGUGCAGAGAAGUCCAAUGUUAAAAUUCAAAGCACUCCGGUCAAGCAGUCAGGUGGAGGUUGCUGCUAAAAUUUGCCUCCGUCCUUUUCUCACAGCAAUGAAUUUGCAAUCUGAACCCAAGUGAAAAAACAAAA